AUGAUUCAUUGUCUGCUUCUUUUCAUCUUCAGUCAUUUUUUUUUCCUGGCUUUUAUCUUUCCUUAUGAACUUUCCUCUUUCAUCACGUCACGCACACCCGCGCACGCACAUACCUCCUGUGUGCGCCGUCUUUUUAUCUGUCAACCUCUCGCUCGUUUCACUCUUCUCGCCACACUAUCUAUCUAUCUAUCUAUCUAUCUAUCUAUCUAUCUAUCUACGUGUCUGUCUGUCUGUCUGUCUCUCUGUGUAUCUAUCUAUCUAUCUAUCUAUCUAUCUAUCUAUCUAUUUCAAGGCAUUAAUUAUAUCUAUCUAUCUAUCUAUCUGUCCCUAGCUAUCUGUCUGUGUGUCUGUCUCUCUGUGUGUCUAUCUAUCUAUCUAUCUAUCUAUCUAUUUCAGGGCAUUAAUUAUAUCUGUCUAUCUAUCUACCAUUUUAGGGCAUUAAUUAUAUCUAUCUAUCUAUCUAUCUAUCUAUCUAUCUAUAUCAGAGCAUUCAUUAUAUCUGUCUGUCUGUCUAUCUAUCUAUCUGGUAUUCAUUAUAUCUAUCACACUGUCUGUCUGUCUGUCUAUCUAUCUAUCUAUCUAUCUAUCUGGUUUAAUCUCGCCUCGAGACACUUUUCUUUCUUUUUUCUUUCUUUCUUUCUUUUUCUUUCUUUCUGUCUUUCUUUUUUCUUUCUAUUUUUUUCAUGUAUUUCUUUUUUUUUAGCCAUCAAUUCUUUCUUCGAUUUUCAUUUGCUUAAAGAGAGAAGAAAUUCUUUAAAAAUCCCAUUCUUUCCCUCAAGAUAA